UAUCCUGGCCUGAACCCUAUAGCCCAGUGACCUUGCCCAGUCAAGGUGGGUCUGCAGUGGGCCACCAGACAGCCCUCAAAGGACUGAUGAAAUAUGGUGGGGGGGGCCUCUGAGGGAAUAAGACCCUAGGAGGCACGCUGCCCACCCCCAGAGGCUGGCAGUGCCCAAGGGUGGGGUGAUAAUUGUUUCUCCCAGUACCUGAAGGACACUUGUCCCAGAGGCACAAAUUCCUAGCAUUCUCUGUGACAGGACAGGACUAAGAUGGGGGCAGGGGAGAGGGUGCAAGCCCCACCUAGGGCGGUGGCCACAACAGGGAAAGGGGCAGACAGAGCCAGGAGCCUAGAGAGAGAGGAUGGCAGCAGGGCCGGUGAUCGGAGCCUGGGCGCUGGUCCUCAGUCUGUGGGGUGAGCCACUACUCCCUGAACCCUCCCUGCAAAAAGUACGUCACCCUUAUCCCCCAAUAUCCCAGAACCUCCCUAGAACACAGGCACUGUGUUGCAAGCUCUUUCCCCUACCCUGUCUUCAUUUCAUUUCUUUUCUUGCCCCUCCACCAUGGUGCUGCCUCCCAGGGACAGUAGUAGGUGCUCAAAACAUCACAGCUCGGAUGGGAGAGCCACUGGUGCUGAACUGUAAGGGGGCCCCUAAGAAACCACCCCAGCAGCUGGAAUGGAAACUGAACACAGGGCGGACAGAAGCUUGGAAGGUCCUAUCUCCCCAGGGAGGCCCCUGGGAUACCGUGGCUCGUGUCCUCCCCAACGGCUCCCUCCUCCUUCCGGCUGUUGGGAUCCAGGAUGAGGGGACUUUCCGGUGCCGGGCAACCAACAGGAAUGGAAAGGAGACCAAAUCCAACUACCGAGUCCGAGUCUACCAGAUUCCUGGGAAGCCAGAAAUUGUAGAUCCUGCCUCUGAACUCAUGGCUGGUAUCCCCAAUAAGGUGGGGACGUGUGUGUCCGAGGGAGGCUACCCUGCAGGGACUCUAAGCUGGCACUUGGAUGGGAAGCCCCUGAUACCUGAUGCGAAGGGAGUGUCUGUGAAGGAACAGACCUGGAGACAUCCUGAGACAGGGCUCUUCACACUGCAGUCGGAGCUGACAGUGACCCCAGCCAGGGGAGGAGCUUCCCACCUCACCUUCUCCUGUAGCUUCAGACUGGGCCUUCCAAGGCGCCGGGCCUUGCACACAGCCCCCAUCCAACCCAGUGUCUGGGAGCCUAAGCUUCUCAAGGUCCAAUUGGUGGUGGAGCCAAAAAGUGGAGCAGUAGCUCCCGGUGGGACUGUAAACCUGACCUGUGAAGCCCCUGCCCAGCCCCCUCCUCAAAUCCAUUGGAUGAAGGACGGCAUGCCCCUGUCCCUCCCCGCUAGCCCUGUGCUGAUCCUCCCUGAGGUAGGGCCUCAGGACCAGGGAACCUACAGCUGUGUGGCCACCCAUCCCAGCUAUGGGCCCCAGGAAAGUCCUGCUGUCAGCAUCACCAUGAUUGAAACAGGCAAGGCGGGGCCAACCGCAGGCUCUGUGGGAGGGUCAGGGCUGGGAACACUAGCCCUGGCCCUUGGGAUCCUGGGAGGUCUGGGGACAGUUGCCCUGCUUAUUGGGGUCCUCGUCUGGAGAAGGCGGCAAUGCCAAGGAGAGGAAAGGAAGGCCCCAGAAAACCAGGAAGAGGAGGAGGAACGUACAGAGUUGAAUCAGUCCGAAGAGCCUGAGGCAGGCGAGAGCAGUAUAAGAGGGCCUUGAGGGCCUCACAGACACACCCCAUCCAUCACCUUUUCCCUUGAACCUUUCUGGCCCUAGACCAGCUGUCCCCUGUGCAGUCUCCGCCCUACCUCAAUCACACUUUCUUCCACUACCAGAGUGCCCCACAGUGAUGAGUAAAUACCUGACACAUCU